GCCACGUGUCAUCGUGCUGGACUCGGGAAGGGAUCCUUUUUCGGAUACCUUGGAAUAACUCGGACGAUGCCUUCGUUUCGGUGUCGAGUUAUUUCAAUAAAUAGCCAAGGGGGGGAAGGAGCGGGAAUGAAACCACGAAAGCCACCUCCUCGAUUUCUUUCCCGUUCUCUCUCUCCAUCCCUCUCGAUAUAAAUUUCGUCACUAGGGUUUCCUUUUUUGGCUUUGCGUCGCCGUUUUCGAGAGCCGAAAGGGCUUCCGGUCUUGCGCUCGGGUUUCGAGUUUGUUAUCAUGGCUCCACCUCUUGAAACACCAAACAAGUCUUCUGACAUGCACUUGUUGCAUCCACCUCUCAAUGAAAGAAUAAUUUCGUCCAUGUCCAGGAGGUCUGUCGCAGCACAUCCUUGGCAUGACCUUGAAAUAGGUCCUGGCGCACCAACCAUAUUCAACUGUGUGGUUGAAAUAGGAAAGGGAAGUAAGGUGAAAUAUGAACUCGACAAAAAAACUGGGCUGAUAAAGGUUGACCGUGUGCUGUACUCAUCGGUGGUAUACCCCCAUAACUAUGGAUUCAUCCCACGCACUCUUUGUGAAGACAGUGAUCCCAUGGAUGUGUUGAUUAUCAUGCAGGAGCCAGUGCUCCCAGGAUGUUUCCUUCGGGCUAAAGCCAUAGGUCUCAUGCCUAUGAUUGAUCAGGGAGAAAAGGAUGAUAAAAUAAUUGCAGUGUGCGCGGAUGAUCCUGAAUACAAGCAUUACACCGAUAUUAAGGAGCUCCCUCCUCAUCGCUUAGCUGAAAUCAGGCGCUUCUUUGAAGAUUAUAAGAAAAAUGAAAACAAGGAAGUUGCAGUGAAUGACUUCCUCCCUGCCACCGCUGCUUACGAAGCCAUACAACACUCCAUGGAUCUCUAUGCAACUUACAUAGUGGAGAGUCUGAGGAGGUAGGACUCUUUCAAGGAUCACGAUACAAUGAGUGACACUCUGAAGACCUCUUUGCAGCCGUGGUCACCUUUGUACGCAGAAAGAUAUUGCAGCUUGAACUGUUUUGCAUGAUUGUCAUAACCAGCUGGUGUGGUUGAGAAGAAGUGAAAAGGAAUGAGGGGAGAAAGACAGAUAUGCAGCGACGCUUAUAUGAUGCAAAUAAAACUCGUGGAUUUUUAUCUCUUUAAUAGGAUGUAUUUUGAUGAAUUUGAUCACAUGAUUGGUUUGAGUGUCUGCCAAUAUUCAUCGACUUUUAAGAGCAUAUGAAGGUUGGCAUUUGUCCUGUUCAUACUCUGAAAAUCUUCUCUUAGCACAACUCAUUUAUAUAUUUAAUACAGAAAACUAGAACUAGCCUAAACAUCAUUAGU